UGUGCCCCGAUCGGUUCCGCUGUCUGCGCGCGUCGGCCGCGCUGCCGCUCAGCAGUCAGGUGGUGAAAUGUAGCCUAACUCAGGCUCUCUGAUAUGCUAAUAUGGGUCGACAAUGGAGAGAAAACGGUCUGUCAUGUCGAUGAUCAACCCACCGAGGCAGACGAGACCAGAUCCGCAGCAAUGAGCUCUUCCUUUCCCAAAUCUGAAUCCACGACCUCCUUACUGAAAUCAUCCUCGGCGGCGAGAAGACCAACACACCUCCCUGAACGCACAGCGGAGAGCCGGAGAAGUCAGCAUCAGCACCAGCAUCACCACCGUCCCGCCGCACUCCAGAGCGGUAGCAAAGCCGAGGAGUCCUUCUGGUCGGCCGAGUGCGACAUCAGUGCCCGGAGACCCCUGUGCCAUCCGUCCCUCAUCGGCAGCCCGGACAGUAGUAAUAAUGCAGCCACUCGGGGCAAGUGUAAGUCACAUGCCCCUCACAGCCAAGUUCCCGACCUGCCGGAGCCGAACGGCGAGGCGGACCGAAGUGUGAGGGAGCGCUGCAGGUCAUCCAAACCCACACACCGGCACCACCAUCGCAGGAAGCACACCCGGGAGGACCGUCCACCGGCAACAGGACCACCUGAACCUGAGCACCCGCGUCGCUGUCACAGGCACACCCGCCCUGUCCCCAGGGUGCCCUCUCUGUCGGACAGCAACGACGACAGGGCUCCCCUCUGUGAGCCGAGGGACCACAAAGAGUCCAGUUUGGCUAAUAGCGACGGUCAGGUCAUCAGUCCAUCCCCGUCCUCCUGCUCCCUGGUCCCGCUGUCCAGCAGGUCCUCUCGCCGCUCCCGGAGGUCCAGCGCUGCUUCUUCUGCGUCUGAUAUCAAUUUACGCACCAUCCUCAAUUCACUGUUUGGGCAGAUGCUCCAGGAUGCUGAGAGGAGAUUCAGAGGGGUGCUGUCCUGUGAGGAGAUGAGCCAGGCAGUGUAUCUUGGGCCUUAUCAGCAGUCCAUUGUUUCCAUGACACAAAACUGCGUUCUCGUGAGCAACAUACUGGGGCAAACCUGUGUCUUCCUGAGUAAAGGCAUGGCCACAUGCCGGCAGGCUGACAGAGAGCUGCGGCCAGAAGAAAUGGACGAGUUGCGGGAUGCUUUCAAAGAGUUUGACAAGGACAAGGACGGUUUCAUCAGCUGUAAAGACCUUGGAAACUGUAUGAGAACCAUGGGAUACAUGCCCACUGAGAUGGAGCUUAUUGAACUGAGCCAACAGAUAAAUAUGAACUUGGGAGGUCAUGUUGAUUUUGAGGAUUUUGUAGAGUUGAUGGGCCCAAAACUCCUCGCCGAAACUGCAGACAUGAUUGGAAUAAAAGAGUUAAAAGACGCGUUUAGAGAGUUUGACACUAACGGAGAUGGCGCCAUAAGCACAUCGGAGCUCCGAGAUGCCAUGAGGAAGUUGUUGGGCCAGCAGGUGGGUCUAAAGGAAGUAGAAGAUAUCCUUAGGGAUGUUGAUUUGAACGGUGACGGGCUUGUUGACUUUGAAGAGUUUGUACGAAUGAUGUCUCGCUAAGAUCAUGAAAUGAUCGGUCCUGAAUGUGAAGCUGUGUCCUUCUCUAUACUUGACCAAGUACGACAGAGGACAUGCUAAGAUCUCUGAGCCACCCGAAUCUGAAUGACACUGGAAUUAAAACUCCUUGAAUGUUAUGGAGCGAGGAGUCACCUCACACUUUUAGUCAAUAAGUGUUCUUCCUGAAAGGCCUCCAGUUCAACUGAGGCAGAAUUUGCUGUAGCCUAGCAGAAGAUUGUUCAACUUAUAUUUUUUGCACUUUAAUUCUCACUAAAUAACUUCCUGUGUGGAUAGAUUGCUGGUGUCUUUGUCUCAUCCUCUACAUGGUAAAAUUAAGUGUCUUGCAAAAUGUCACCUUUGAUGUACAAAGUCAGAAUGAUAGAGUGAAUGUCUGUAAAAAAAAAAAUAAUAAUAAUAAUUUCAGUGCACUGUUGAACAUUUCAGUUCAUUUUUUUCACGCAGUAUGUGUUACAUUCGAAAUUGUAAGUGGAAUGUCUUGUGACACUGGUGCUCCACGAAGGGCCCCAUGUGGCAAUAUCACACCUUUAUUGCAACUGUGUGACCAUCUGUGAUAUUUCAGCGUGCAAGUCCAGCCCUGUAAAAGCAUCACUGUCUGACAACUACAUGCAACGAAGAAGCAGAUCUGAGAUAUUAAUGAGAAACAGAACUCUGAAACACAUUUUCACAUAUGUUAUUCGCCCAUAACGUCUCCAUAGCGUCCUGAGAGACAGUAGGAAUGACAUAUGUGAACUGUAUUUACAGUGGAUGUGAUUAUGUCCUACCUGUACUGUAUGUCAACGUCAAUAUGAUUGUAAUUGUGGUAGCGUUCCACACAUCUGUGUUGUCGGAUUUUUAUGCAUGCCAAAGAGAGAAAUUUAUUAAAUUCAGUAUGCACAUUUGCAUUUUUGUCUAACAAAGUGAAAAAAAUAUUUCGCGAAGUUAACUGUAGAAAAAUAAAAGGUGUUUACAUUUGA